UUAUUAAUGUUGAAAAUUCUUGCUAAAUAUUCGUAAACAAAAGAAGUAAAUAUUGGGGGAAAUUAAUUUGCAAAUUUUUAAACCAUAGGUUUUAAUAUGUCAAAAACAAGGCGGGCCACCCAUGCAGGAAGCUGGUAUACAAAUGAUGGGAGAGAGUUGAGCAAUCAGUUGGAAGAGUGGCUGUCUAAAGCUACUCCGUCUUAUUCCCCAGCAAGAGCCAUCAUUGCCCCCCAUGCAGGUUACUACUACUGUGGAGCGUGUGGUGGUCAUGCCUAUGGACAGAUUGAUCCAACCAUCAUAAAGAGAGUUUUUGUUCUUGGACCAUCCCACCAUGUCCGUCUAUCUGGUUGUGCCCUCACCGAUACUUCUACUUACCAGACUCCACUGUACGAUCUAAUUAUAGACCAAAAAAUAAAUGAGGAAUUAUAUGCCACAAAUGCUUUCGAGAAAAUGAAAAUGAGCACAGACGAAGAUGAACAUAGUAUAGAGAUGCAGUUACCAUAUAUUGCCAAGGUUAUGGAGAGCAAACGUGGGCAGUUCACAGUGGUACCAGUUUUGGUUGGUUCCCUGUCCUUAGACAAGGAGAAGCUAUAUGGGUCUAUAUUUAGCCAGUAUCUGGUGGAUCCUGCCAAUUUGUUUGUGAUAUCCUCUGAUUUUUGUCACUGGGGACAACGAUUCCGUUAUACAUUCUAUGACAAGUCCUUCGGUGACAUCUGGCAAUCCAUUGAGGCCUUAGAUAAAAUGGGAAUGAAUGCAAUAGAACAAAUGGACCCUGUUAAAUUUUCUCAGUAUCUAAAAGAUUAUGAAAACACUAUAUGUGGCAGAUACCCUAUAGUUGUUCUCUUAAAUGCAAUAGAUGUUCUACGAAGAAACGGAAAUGGUCACAGAAUGUCCUUUAAGUUCAUGAACUAUGCCCAGUCCAGUCGCUGUAAGAAGAACAGUGAUUCAUCGGUCAGUUAUGCAGCAGGUGCACUCCUGAUGCAGUGAUUGUUAUAACGUAAACAGUGUUAGUGGUCCAUCACUUUACACGAAAUUUUUGAAGUUCAUAUUUUUUGGUAUUUACAAACACAAUUUAAAGUGUAAACUCAUUAUUAGGUAUUAUAUUCCUUGUAUUAAUUUGUCUGAAUAAUGAUUUAGAUAUGGCUAAAGUGAAAUUCUGACUUGCUGAUCUAAAUAUGGCUUGAGUCGAGUAUGAAUGAGUUGCCGAUUUGCAUUUAUUAUGAAGUUGCCUUUUUUCUUUUGUAAUAAAAUGAAUUGAAAGUGAA